AAGGCGUGGACAAGACCGCUCUGGUACGAGGAGCUCACUCGAUACUUUGGAGUUUCGAUCAACGAAGCAGGGGAGGCGCUAGGCAUGUGCACGAGCGCGAUCAAGAAGAUCUGCCGGCGACAUGGAAUAGCGCGAUGGCCUCAUCGUAAGAUUGCGAGUGUG